AUGAAUGCUAAACAACAAAACGGAGAACUCAGACAAACAGCACGACAGAAAAAUGUAGACAAUGCUGGUUCUUCAUAUCAGUCUGCUACAAAAUUUAUCAGAAACUUAAAAGGUGAUCGUUUAGGAAACAAGGAAAAACUUCCACCUAUUCCACCUGCAAGAUCUUAUUUCGAUGACGAUGACGACGAUGUUAAUGACAAUGACCAAGAUUUUGAACUUAUCAAUGAAGACUCUUUACCACUCAAACUAUUCGCCGGCAAAAAACAAUCACUUACCGAACUGAGUGAAGAAUCCAUGUCGUAUUUAUGGCUUAGACGUAUCAAAGAAAUUUUUUUACGCAUGGGUGAUGGCAAAGAUGAACAAGUUGACGAUCCUUUUGUUGAAUUUGAUAUAAAUUUAGGUAAAGCAGAUUUGGCAAAUACAUGUGAUCGAUAUAUCGAGAACGAACGACCCGCGCUUACAAAAAAGGAAGAAUUAACACCAAUAAAGAAAGGUGAUGAUCAGCUGAAUUUUGGUAAUGCUAUUUGGUGGUAUUCAUGUGACAAGGCGAAUAUAUACUAUCAAAUUAAUUCAAUAUUACGUCUUGAAAAUUUUGAAUUGCUGAUGUCAUAUCGUUAUUAUUUGAGUGAUCUUUGCAGAAUGAUUGAAUUCAUGUAUCAAAAAAGAAAAGAUGAAUACGGUGAUGUUGUACAAAUAUUCUAUCGAUCUGGUCAUAUUGAUAAAAAACAGCUAGAGAAGAUGCGCAAACAACAAAAAGGUCAAUUCAUAUCACUGCUUGGUUUUAUUUCAGCUACAACUAAUAUGAACAUUGCCAAAGGCUAUGCUAAAAAACAACAUACUUUUAAAGAUAAUGAAAAAGUUUUGUUUGAAAUCAGAAUCGAACCUCAGCAACCAUGUACAGCAUUUGCAUAUAUCUCUGGUAUCUCAUUUCAUCCCGAAGAAGAAGAGGUCUUAUUUAGUAUGGGCUCAACGUUUACUGUCGAUGACAUUGUUGAGCCUAAAAAUGGCGAAAAUUUUUAUACCAUUCAACUUACAGCAUCUGAAAUCGAUAAAACACUUGUCGACGAUAUUCGUACGAAAGCUGAAGAGUGUUCACCCUCGGGUCGAGCUGUUCUACUUGCUCAGUAUCUUAUGGAAUUAGGCGAGUAUCGAGCAGCCCGUAAAUAUCUUAGCUCACUUCUAACCCAAGCAUGCGAUGGAGGCAUAUUGGCAAAUGACCUAAAUCUUGCUGCCAUUUAUUGUUGUCUAGGUAUGACUUACGCUCGGCAAUGUCUUCAUAGUGAUGCACUUAAAGCCUUCAAACAGGCACUUAACGUACAAGCACGUGUCGAAUAUUCGAAUAAUAAUGCAUUAGCUAAUAUUCAUAAUAAUAUUGGAUUAGCCUAUAUAGGCUUAGAUCAUAUGGAUGAAGCGGAAGAGACAUUAGCGAAAGCGCUACGUAUACAAUUACGAGAAGUUAAUUCGAAUCAGCAGCACUUAGCAUCGAUUUACGGUAAUAUUGGUUAUGUUCAUUAUAAAAAGAACGAUUUUAAAAAGGCGCUAGAUGCUUUCAGUAAAGCUGAAAACAUUUACAAGCAAAGUUCGAGCAAAAUUGCACAUGACGAACUCGAAAAGUCUCUGAUAAAAGCUGAGUACCUGACAAAUUAUGGACAUUUACUAAGUGCUUAUGGGUCUUUGACGAACGCACAAAAACAGUAUAACGAAGCGCUCAAACUCUACAAGAGUAUUCUGCCGGUCGACGACCCUAAACGAAUGCAAACUCAUAUCAAUAUAAUGUUUGCUCAUCGACAAAAUAAAAAUUAUGAUGAAGUUACCAAAAAAUUUGAAGAAUCGACAGUGCAACAACUGAUCGACAAACAAGAAAGUAAUAUGUUUGAGUUGAACAGUUCGGUCAGACAAGCGACUCUUGCUUUUCUGUGUGAGUUUGUCGGUGCUUGUUAUGCAAAGCAGAAAUUAUUUGAUAAAGCUAUUCGUACGUGGAAACGUAGUUUAAUAUUCCAACGUAAGGCACGAUUAGAACAACUCUUGCUUGGAACUACAGAUAACAUUUCUUCAACACUAACCAAAGCUCAUGAAUCCUUUAUCAGUAAAAGUUAUCAACUUGCACGUGAAGAUUAUUUGAAAUCAAUCAAAGAAACAAAUGAGCCAAAAGACGAGACAAUUAAACAACUGCCUAAGGAUUUUUGUUUGGGUUUUCUCUAUGCUGAAUCAUAUAAUCGCGAUAAAGCAAUUGAAUAUUUGACGAAGAUGACAACAAGUUUACAAAAAUCUGAUCACGACAUCUUGUUUGCUGUUUAUCUUCUCUUGGCUGACAUGCUCAAACAUCAACAUGAAUAUAAAAAAUCUAUCGAAAAUUUCGAUCAAGCAUUAAAAUCACUAAAGUCUCUCGAAAGUCAAAAGGAUCGUGUAUUGGAAAUUGAAAUAAAAUUAGCUCGUAUUGACUGUCUCAUUAAAACCGAUCAAAAUAAUGAAGCAAUCACCAAAUUGGAAACACUCCGAAAAUCGUUAAGAUCGAAUGAUACUGAUACGAAGCGUAUAAGUCUUAAAGUAAUCAUUUAUGAUACACUAGCUCGGUAUUUUUUGAUGCAAAAAAACUACAAAUUAUUUGAUAUCAAUGUUGAGGAGUCACUAGUACUUAAACUUCGUUGCUUCUCUCAGUAUCAUCCCAGUUUAACUAUCAGUUUAAUAUUAAUGGCCCAGCGUCAUACUCAAGAGCGUCGUUACCGUGAAGCAUUAGAAUUUUAUGGGCAUGCACUUGAAGUGCAAAGUUUAAAUUUGACUGAUAAGCAUCCGAAAAUAAGAAAGAUUUGCUAUGCCAUUGGUGAUAUUUAUUGUGAAUUGGAUAAAUUACCAAAUGCAAUGGAAAAAUAUAAUGUGGCCGAAAACAAAAGUUUGGACGUAGAUGAAGAUGAUGUUCUACAGCAAGAGACAACUAGUUUAGGAGAAUCAAUGGAAAUUUUAAUGGCUCGAAUAAGUAUGCAUCAACAUUUAGCAGAAUAUCAUUCAAGAAAACAAGCUUAUAAAGAGGCCAUUUCAGAAAUGAAUAAAAUUAUCAAUUUAUUAGAAAAAAAAUUACCAUCGUCAACAUUCGAUAUCAAUGAUGAAACAGUAAUAAUCCAAGAAAAUAUCGAUGCGUCGAUACUCAUUAUCCGUCUACAACAGCUCGCCAAUUGUUAUCUGCAAUUAGGUGACAUAAGAGAUACUGAACAAGAAGAUCACAAUGGCUACAAGGCCGCCUUCAACAUUUACACGAAACUCGCUCAGUGUGGUGGAGAAGUAGAAAGCAAUAAACUUGCUAUACUCUGUAGGAAGUUAAGUAAUUAUUACGAAGAUCUUGGAGAGAAUGAGGAGGCCCUUCGUUUUCUACAAGAAACUGCUGACUUAGAACAACCAACGAUUGCUACUCUAUAUCGAUUAGGACGUUUGAACGUUGCUUGUAAUAAACUAGAUGAAGCUGUGACAAAUUACGAAAUAAUAUUAUCUGAUAAGUCAAUCAAUGAACAAAAAGAACUCGAACAAAUUGUGCGAGAGAAGUUAAAUGAGGUUAAAGACAAAGUAAAAAAUCAAGAGAGACGAUGGUCGACAAGUUCGAGCGAGUCCACGGAUGGUCUUAAACCAAAUGAUAUCAUUGAAAUCUAUAUGCGACUGCUGCCGUCGGAAGAUGAAAUUCAAACACGUUUGAAAAUAGCUGCUAUGUAUCGUGACAAUGAAAUGAACGAUGUUAAAGAUUUAGAUGAUGAUGGUGAUACAAGUAACGAAUCACGAGAAAUAGCUGUACAAUUGUAUGGAGAUUGUCUAAAAGCUACUGAUGAUGUAUUGGCAAAAGGUGUAUGUUAUUACAAUAUUUUAAGUGUUUAUAAGAAUUUUAUUUAUGAAGAUGAUGUUGGCAAAGCCAUUGUAGACGAUAUGAUUAAUUACUUAGCAAAGUUUAAUAGCUCUGAUCGACGUUUGUUAAUUACAUUAGCAUUACAUUUCCUAAAAGAAUACGACAAUAAUAAAGGCUAUUGUGGAAUGAAAAGUAAUUCUCUGCUGCAAAAAUUUUCAAAUUAUCCUUUCAAUGGAAAAUUGGAAAUAGAUAACGCAUUGAAUAUUGGAUACUAUCUUAUUAAAUCUAAUGAUCUCAUGAAAGGAAAAAAUUACACAAAUAUUACAACUGAUAACCAUAAAGAAACUCUACAAUUAUUGACGGAAAAACAACCUGUCGACGAAGAAGAAGCAGAAGAAGUAAUUACAAAAAGAAAACUUCAAAAUGAAAUUGAAAAAAUAAAACGUGAAGCUGAAGAAAUUGAACUGAUGGUAGAUACAAAAAAUCGAGAUGAAAUCGAAAAAAUAAAACGUGAAGCUGAAGAAAUAGAAUUGAUCGAAGAAACAAAACAUCAAGAUGAAAUUGAAAAAAUGAAAUGUGAAGGUGAGAAAAUGAAACAAAUCCAAGAAAUAAUAUUUCAACAUAAAUUAAAAAAAAUGGAACGUGAAACUGAAAAAAUAAGACGAAUCGAAGAAACAAAACGUCACCAUAUACAUGAAACUUAUGAAGCAAAGCGACGCAAGCUAGAACUCAAAUUCACUUCAUUGUCAACUAAGAAAAGUCUUCAUGUGUUUACAUCUGAUUAUGGUUUUUACAAUAUCGAUCUAUCUAGUUAUUUGCAAUCAUUCAAUAUUAAUGUAGUAUUAAAUGACAAUAACUAUUUUAAUGAUAAUAUAUUAAAUUAUAUUGAACAUUAUUCAAAACAAUUUUCAUCAUAUCCUAAAUUAAACGAGGAAGAUAUUCAAAAAGGAUUUGAUCAAUUAAUUGUUAAUUUAUUAAAUACAUUGAAUAAUUCUACAUCAUUGAAAUAUUUAAAUACAUCUUCUUCAAAUUAUUUAAAAAAUUCGUUUAAUCCUCAUUGUACAUUUAUAUAUAAAAAUAUAAAUAUCGAUAUUGAUCAAGAAAAGUCAUGUUUAAAAGAUUUUGUUGUUUCUCUUGGUAAUUUAAUGUCUCCAUAUAUUUCUUUAUUAUCAGAUUCAAUGAUUGAAGAAAUAUUACAAUAUUUGACAAUGAUAUUGGAAGCACAACAUCGUGAAAAGAUAUAUGGUUUUCUUAGUAAUUAUAUACACAUCAAAUUUUUUUAUGUGAAAAAGAAAUCUGAUUCGAACUGGUGUGAAUUUUUUCAAAGUCAAGAAUUAGAAAUGUUUACUUAUUCGUCUGAAAUAUUAUCGUCUAUUGAUACGUCAACAACAGCAACAACAACUGAAAAUACAAGAAAAUUAGAGAUUAAUAAAAAUACAUGGAAAAUAUUUACAAAUUUUUUAACAAUGAAUACUGACUUUUAUCAAUAUACAAGAUUAAAUAUAGAUCCUCAUGAUGAUUUACUGAGUGGUCGAUAUAUGAUAACAAAAAAAUUAGGAUUUGGUGUAUCAUCGAUGGUUUAUUUAUUAGAAAAAAAUGAAGAUAAUCAUUCAGUUGAAGAUUCACCACAUCAUGUAAUGAAAAUAUUAAAAACAAGUGAAUAUUCAAAAUGUUUUCGAAAAGAAGUUAAAAUAGCGAAAAAAUUAAAACAAUUUAAUGAUUUAAAUAAAUUUCAUUUAUUUUUUCAAGAUAUUAUAUAUUCAUUGUCUUCAAGUAAGGCAUUUGUCUUUUGA